AACUCUCCUCAUCCAAACCACAAUAAUGGCGUCCUUCUCAAGCACCUCCUUCUCCCACGCCCGCUACUCAACCUUCCGCCCAACCUACCCACCCCACCUCUACAACACCAUCCUCUCCUUCCACACCGCGUCCCUUACCACUGCCCUAGACCUAGGAACCGGCCAUGCCCUCGUCGCCCGCGAAAUAAGCAAAUCCUUCGCCCAAGUCCACGCAACAGACCCCUCGCAGCCAAUGCUACAACUCGCGCAGGAACUCUCCGGCAAUCAUCCCAAUAUAUCGUUCCACGAGUCGACGGCUGAGAACUCGGAUUUUCUAGACGAUGGGAGCGUUGAUCUGGUUACGGCGGGACAGGCGGCGCAUUGGUUUGAUUAUGAGAGGCUUUGGCCUGAGUUAGGGAGGGUCGUUAGGCCUGGCGGGACGUUUGCAUUUUGGGGGUAUACGGAUCCUGUUAUUUUGAAUUAUCCGCGUGCGACGGAGUUGAUUGAGCAUUAUGGGUCUAGUACUGAUCCGAACCUGUUGGGGGGUUACUGGCAGCAGCCAGGGCGGGAUAUCGUGAUGGGGAAAUUGCGUGCGAUACAACCGCCUGUUGAGGAUUGGGAGACUACGCGGGUUGAAUAUGAUCCUAAGACGCGGGAGGGGACGAUGUUUAUGUGCGCAAAGAUGAAGUUGGGGGUGUUGGCGGAGUUUUUGAGGACUUGGAGUGCGUAUCAUGGGUGGCAGGGGCGAUGGCCGGAGAGGAGGAAGAAGGUGGAUGAUGGGGAUGAGGUGAAUUCGGGGGAUGUGGUUGAUGAGUUGAUGAAGAGGAUCAGGGAGGAGGAGAGUGGGUUGAGUGGGGAGGGUGUGCAGGGUGGUUGGAGGGAGGUUGUUGUUGAGUUGGAAUGGGGGACCGGGUUGGUUUUGGCGAGGAGGAGGUGAUAUCAUACAUGCUUGGAUUGGGGGAUAGCAUGUCAUAUUCUACUGGUUUAGUGUGUAUCGAGAAUGGUAAGCAAUUAUUCAUGCAUUAUGCAUUGCCAGGUCAUCCGGAUCUAUAUCCCGAACAAGGUACAGCUCCUACAUAAAAUAGAAGUACUUUACC